AUGUACAUCUGGGCCCGCAUCCCCGAGCCCUACCGGGAGCUGGGCUCGCUGGAGUUCGCGCGCCAGUUGCUGGAAAAGGCCAAGGUCUGCGUGUCGCCCGGCAUCGGCUUCGGCGACCACGGCGACGGCCACGUGCGCUUUGCCCUCAUCGAGAACGAGAACGCGCAUCCGCCAGGCGGUGCGGGGGAUCAAGGCGAUGUUCAAGGCCGAUGGGCUGCUCAAGCCAUGAGGCCGCAAGCCUGCAUCCUCGACCUCGACGGCACGCUCGUCGACACCCUCGGGGACUUCGUUGCCGUGCUCGACCUGACCUUGGCCGACCUGGGUCUGCCCACGGUCGGCCGUGACUUCGUCGAGCGCACGAUCGGCCGCGGCGGGGAACACCUCGUGCGCCAGACGCUCGCCCACGUCGGCGCCAAGCCGGGGUUGUUCGACCAUGCCUGGUCGCUCUACCAAACCCACUACGCCGAGGUGAACGGCGCGCAUGCGGCCGUCUACCCGGGCGUCGUGGAAGGUCUGGACGUGCUGCGCGAACUGCAAUUGCCGCUCGCGGUGCUGACCAACAAGCCGGCCGCGCCGGCGCGGGAGCUGCUGCGCCGCAAGGGGCUGGACGGCUACUUCCGGCACGUGUUCGGCGGUGACGACUUCCCGAGCAAGAAGCCCGAUCCGCUGCCGCUGCUGCGGACCUGUGAAGCGCUGGGCACCCUGCCGUCCAGGACCUGGAUGGUGGGCGACUCGCGCAACGACGCCGAGGCCGCCCGCGGCGCGGGCUGCCCGGUGGUGCUGAUGACCUAUGGCUACAGCCACGGCGAGGAUGUCCGCGCCAUCCCGGCGCGGGCCCACCUCGACCGGCUGGACGCGAUCAGCGCUUGCGCUGUCGUCGGCCGGCUUGUCACCCAGCCAGAUGCGCAGCAUGGCCGAGAAGAACUCGGGCUCCUUGAUCGGCUCGGGCAUGACGGACUUGCCGUUGAGCAGCAGCACGGAGCCCACGCCCGGCACAUAGUCCACCGAGAAGCUGUCGCCGCUGUUGAGCUGCUUGCGGCUGGCGAAGAUCUCGCUGAGCUUGAGCACGCCAUUGAUGGACUUCACGAAUUCCUCGCGCGGUGCAUUGGCUUCCAUGCCCUUGGUGAAGAGCUUGCCCAGCUCGUUGCCGUCGAUGUCGCGCAGCAUCUGGAUGUGGAUGCGCUUCGGGCCGGGCGCGGCGAGCACUUCUUGUGUGGUGUUGGCCUUGUGGGUCAGGUACAGGCCCGCCGUGUAGACCUUGACGACGAACUUGUAGCGGAUGCCGGCGCCGUUGAGCACGAGCUUCUGACCGGCGAGAUCCGCCGUCGGCUCGUACUUCACGUUGGCCACUUCCACCGCCUGGGCCCAGGCAUUCCCCCCGUUCAGGCUCGCCGCGGCCAGCAGGGCCGCCGCAAUCAGUGCGCGCAUGUCUCGCUCCGUUAUCGUGCCGCGAUGGCGGCAUCUCCGUACACCGAAAGCCUCGCCGCCGAGGGCUACAACCGCAUUCCCGCUCAUCAGCGAGGCGUUUGCGGACCUCGAAACCCCGCUGUCCCUCUACCUCAAGCUCUGCGCCGGCUCGGGCCAAGGGCGCAACAGCUUCCUGCUGGAGUCCGUCGUCGGCGGCGAGCGCUUCGGGCGCUACUCCUUCAUCGGCCUGCCCUGCCGCACGUUGGUGCGGGCCACGGGCACGCUGUGCGAGGUGGUGACCGACGGCGUCGUCGUCGAGACGCACGAAGGCAACCCGCUGGACUUCAUCGCCGCCUACCAGGAGCGCAUCAAGCCCAAGAUCCCCGACCGGCCUGCCGCGCUUCUGCGGUGGCCUGGCCGGCUACUUCGGCUACGAGGCCGUGCGCGCCAUCGAAAAGCGCCUGGACCGCGACCAAGAAGGGCGGCGGCCCUGGGCACGCCCGACAUCCAGCUGCUGCUCAGCGAGGAAGUCGCCGUCAUCGACAACCUCUCCGGGCGCCUGUACCUCAUCGUCUGGGCCGACCCGCGCCAGCCGGAAGGCCUACUUCCGGGCCACCAAGCGGCUCACCCAGUUGCGCGACAAGCUGCACUACUCGGUCAGCGUGCCGCGCGUGA